AUGAAAUCAAUAACAUCCUAUUCUAAUUUACCAAUAGACUUGGAAAAAACCAAUUAUACAACCAAUAUUCCUUCCAUUAGUAAUAAUAAUGAACAAAAUAAUAGUAGUAAUAUAAAUGAAAAAUUACCCAUUGAUACAGUACUUGUAUUCGGAGGUGGUAAUUUUGGUAUGGCACUUUCCUAUCACUUGGCCCAUCACUUGAAUGAUCGUAUUACAAUUUAUGCAAGAGAUGAAAAUGUAGUCAAUUCAAUUAAUAAUCAACAUUUAAAUCCAAAAUAUUUAUCACAAUUUCAAUUACCUGAAAAUAUGAAAGCAACAAAUUCAAUUGAUUUGGAAACUAUUAAUAAUCAUUCAGUUUUAUUAUUUUCAAUUCCAACUCAAUUUAUGAGAGGUGUUUUAUUGAAAUUUAAAGAUUUAAUUUUACAAAGUUGUAAAGAAAUGAAACAUUUAUUUAUAUUUGCUAAUAAGGGCAUUGAAAGUGAAACUUUACAAUUACCAUAUCAAAUUAUUGAAGAUGUUAUGGGAAAGGAAUUUGCUGAUGAAUGUGUCUUUUUAAGUGGUCCUUCUUUUGCUGUUGAAAUUUGUCAAAGACAAGUGACUUGUGUAACUGUUGCUUCUUCAAAUAUUAAGAGUGCUUUAUGGGCACAACGUGUUUUUCACAGUUCACAUUUUAGAGUUUAUACUUCAGAUGAUCCAGUUGGAGUUGAAGUUUGUGGAGCUCUUAAGAACGUUAUAGCUAUUGCUUCUGGUGUAUGUUCAGGUUUAGGAUUUCAAAUGAAUACAAGAGCAGCUCUUUUAACAAGAGGUUUAAAUGAAAUUACAAAAAUUGGACAUGUUUUAGGAGCAAAUCCUUUAACAAUGAGUGGAUUGGCUGGAAUUGGUGAUUUAUUCUUAACUUGUACAUCGGAAAAAUCAAGAAAUUUCACAGUUGGAUUUAGAUUAGGAAAAGGAGAGAAAAUUAAUGAUAUUUUAGCAAAUUUAGGAAGUGUUGCAGAAGGUGUUCCAACAACUAAGGCUGCAUUUGAACUUGUUACAAAACUUGGAAUUAAUUGUCCAAUUAUUUCAGCUGUUUAUGGAAUUAUUUAUCAAGAUAAGGAAAUUAAACAAGCAGUUAAAAAUUUAUUAGAAGAAGAAGCAAGUGUUGAAUUUUCAUUGUAUCAAAAUAAAUUAUAUUAA